UAUUUUCUUCUCAUCUUCCAUGUCUCUCAAGCUCUCCACUCAUAUCGUUCAAUAGAUAUCAAUGACGCCAAAACUUAGGAGCCCUUUCAAGCAACUAAAGAGAGACAGUGAAGGUGAAGAGGGCAAGAAGAACAACCCGGUUUAUGCAAACUUUUGUAAGAGUUCAUCAGUUGUUGUUGGGCUGAGAAUCCUAACGCAAAUCCCACAAGGCAAAAAAUCUGUGGUAGUCGUUAAACCUGCAUUGAAAAUUUCCCUUCCCACAGCCUCUAGUAAGCAUCGCCUGGCUAAUCAAGAUUCUUGCUUUCUCAAAUCAUGUUAUCUAUGCAGCAAGAACUUGAGCCUAGAUAAAGAAGUUUUCAUGUACAGGAUAUUGAAAAAAUGAUUUUGUUUCAUUUGGAGUGGUUCAGAUUUUAGUUUUUCAAAUAGGGUGAAUGCUAUAGUGGACGUCGGAAGUUGGUCGGAACACCUGACGUCUUUCAAAAGACGACCGGAGCAGCUGACGACUUCAAGUAUUUCAUCACUGGAGCACCAUGACUGGCCUCUCUCUACUGCACCUAUGCCCGGCCGGAGUGCCAUGGUUGGCCCCCCGAAGACGUUGGAGAUGAGGAUGCCAUAUGUUGUUGGAAAUGAAGAGUUGAAAACGUCGGAUGCUUUGGCUGUCUUUCGGAAAACGACAUGUACUCCGACCAAUUUUUAACGUUCACCCUAGUAUUCACCCUUCAUAAAAAAUAAUUUUUUCACUCCAUUUCAUCCAUUUCUUUCAAAGCUUCAUCAAAGAUUUUUUCCAUCUACUAUGUAACUUAAAAUGCAUCUUGAUUGUAAUUUAAAUA